CGCCCCGGGACCUGUCGGCGAGGGCGGGAGGGAGGAAGGAAGCAAGGAGGAGCUGCUCGUCGGACUUUUCUCCGCAGCCGGUUCCUGAGUUACUCGUUUGCCCUCGCUAUGAAAUUUCUGUUGGUUUUUGAUUUUGACCAUACAAUCAUAGAUGAAAAUAGUGAUACCUGGAUUGUGAAAUGUGCUCCAGAGAGAAAACUUCCUAAUGGAUUAAGAAACUCCUACCAACCAGGACGUUGGACAGAAUAUAUGGGCAGAGUCUUUGCCUACUUGGGAGACAAUGGUGUCAAAGAAGAUGAGAUGAAAAGAACUAUGACAACAAUUCCUUUCACUACGGGAAUGGUAGAUCUCCUGGGGUUUAUUGGCGAGAACAAAGAGUUGUUUGAUUGCAUAAUUGUUUCAGAUUCUAAUACAGUAUUUAUUGACUGGAUUUUGAAAGCUGCUGACUUCCAUGAGGUUUUUGAUGAAGUAUUUACAAACCCCGCAGCAUUCAGCAGUACUGGCUAUCUUACUGUACAGAACUUCCAUGCUCACCAUUGUGCAAAGUGCCCAAAAAACCUUUGCAAAAGGAAAGUUUUAAAAGAAUUUCUAGAUAAACAGUUGGAGCGAGGAGUUAGUUAUACACAAAUUGUGUAUAUAGGUGAUGGUGGAAAUGACUUAUGUCCAGUAAUGUUUUUGAAGAAGAAUGAUAUUGCUAUGCCCAGGCAGGGGUAUACCUUGGAGAAAAAGCUUUCUCAACUGGCUCAAGAUCUCAGUCCUGUACAGUGUUCUGUUCUGGUUUGGUCAUCUGCUACUGACAUUAUGUCUUACCUGAAACUCCUUAUAAAGGAAUAAUUCAAAUGAUAAAAGUAAACUGAUAUAUUAACUUCCUGGGAGAGAAAAACUACAUGUAUAUAGAAGCACAAAAUUGGAAAUUUGGACUCAUAUCUGAAUUGACUUUUUUUAAACACAAUAUAAAACUGUUUAUGUUCAAUCUUGGCAAUAUUAGGAAAGUGGAGUAAAAAAGGCCUUCUAACAUAGUACACAUUCCAACCUAAAUGGAGGAGGGGGAUUUCGAGAGGACUUGUCAUUAUUCUUAGUCUACUCCCUCCUCCCCAAGCCUUUACCUACUACAUAAUUGACUUUUGCUGUCCCACACACUUGGGGAAGGAGUAGGAUUAGUGCAAAAAAGAAUGAAUUUCUUUCCUUACAAAACAUUAGGUGACAGGAACAUGGUUCUGGAACUGUUGGCUUUUAUACUUCUUUAAUCUGAUUGUAAAUUAUUUGGUAUGCUUGUGAUCUUGUUUCAUCUGAAGAUUCAUCUAUAUUUUCAAUCUACUUUUACCGAACAAAAUGACUUUUUAAUAGUUUGUAUUAUCUUGUAUUGUAAAGACAAUAAAAGUUGCUGUCACUGACAUACACAAUUUGUGUCAUGUGUCCUGCUGGUCUGCGUGUCCUCAGGCACUUGUUCUUGUCAGGGCCUGGAGAGAGUGAGCACAGGUGUAGGUGUCAGCCUUUGGCUAACACCUUCAUUUAUUUUGUCAGCAGACCCUUUCUCUUCUGGCAGGCAGUAAGGAUGUUGCUGGUUUUUUAAAGAAAAGUCUCUCUCCCAUUCUGAUACUGCCCCGACUGUGGCUGCUGCCACUCUGUGGAGAGCUAACAUGGGUUUGACAAUCCAUGCUGGCAGCUCCGAGUCAGCCUUUCCCUUGCCUGGUUUCUACUGCAAUGCCUAGGCCCACAGAAUGGUGUGUAUAUAUACAUGUUUACACUGAUUUUACUUAUUCACUCUCAUCCAUAUCUAUAGUACAGUCCUCUUUUACAGGCUGGAAGGGAACAUCUAUGUCCAUUUUAACUUUUAAACAGACUUGUUCUGUCUUCAAAUAGUUUAAGGAAUCAUUUGUGAACGUUCAGUCUUUCUCUUCACCACUGACAGUGGGAUGAGUCUCAAGAGUUUGGCUAUGCUUAUAAAGAUAUUAAAAAUAAAUCUCAUUAAAAUUAAAUAAUGCAUUUCUAUGCCAAAUGUUUUUCUUCUUGUAGUACCACAAAAGGUCCAAAAGGAUGAUGUCGUCUGCUAUUAAACUGAAGUCAAUUUUAGCUUAAGUGCUUUAAUAGCUUAUAAAUUAGUCUAACUUUCACAGCACCUCAGUUGCAGAUGGCUGAGGUGUAGCUCAGCAGCUUGCAGUUGCCAUAUUUGUCUUCGUUUUCUGUGCAGCAUUGUUCUCAUUUUCUUACAGACAUUUGAUGUUGUCACUACCUUCUUUUUCAUUAAUUGAAGAUUUUUCGGAGUGGUCUUGCCUGUUUUCAGGCUGAUAGUGUAUAUAAGAAAAGAUUUGUGUUGCAGAGUUCCUUCCUUGCUUCACCUAUUUUAAUGAAUUGUAGAAGGUUGAUUUGAACAAUCUAUUGUCUAAGAUGUCCAGAGUAAUAUACUUGAGUUCUCAGGAGCUUUGCUUUAUUUAUGGAUAUUUGAUAGGUAUCUGAGGUGUUCAUAUUCAAGAUCUUGCCAUAUUGUCUUGCACAGGGGCAUGAAGAGCACGUCUGAAGAACUGUUGUGUCUCAAGUUUUGGUGGGUUUAAAUUGUCUGAUUUACAGGUCAUACAAAAGAAUGGUAAUGGCUGUUGCAUAGGACAACUUUGUAUGUUACUUUGGGGUUUAAGUUGUUGCUAUUGUUUAACCCCAGCUGGCAACUAAGUAUCACACAGCCGCUUACUCACUUCGUUCCCCCCCUCACUGGGGAGAAGAAUUGGGGAAAAAAUUAAACCUCGUGGUUUAAUAAUUGAAACAAAAUACAAUGCAGUAGUACUAAAUGAUUAUGAUAAUUGUAAUGAAAAGGAGAGAGAAAGGAAAGAAGUCCAGGAGAAACAAGUGAUGCCCAUUACAGUUGCUCACCACUUGCUGACCAAUGCCCAGCCCACCCCCUAACACUGAUCGGCCCCUCCCAGCCAACUUCCCCCAGUUUGUGUACUGAGACUGCCGUCCUAUGCUAUGGAAUAUCCCUUUGGCCACUUCAGGUCAGCUGUCCUGGCCAUGUUCCCUGCAGUUCCUUGUGCAGCUCCCCACUGACAGAGCAUGGGAAACUAAAUUUAAAGUCCUUGAUUUAGGGUAAGCACCACUUAGCAACAUCCAAAACAUCAGUGUGCUGUCAACACGAUUCCCAUAGUAAAUCCAAAAUACAGCCCUGAACCAGCUACUAAGAAGAAAAUUAACUCUAUCCCGGCUGAAACCAGGACAGUUGUGUGUCUGUCUAAUUCUAGAUGUACUGCUGAAUGUUCCAUGUCCUGUGCUGGUCUCUUUUGUGAUUUUAGAACUUAGUUGUGGGAUAGCUUGCUUUCAGCUUGUCCACAGAUCUCAGAUACUGCUUACUUAAAAAAAACCCAAAACAAAACAAAACAAAAAAAGUAGUAUGUCAAUAAUUACUCAGCUUUUUUUUUUGCCAGUUACAUUAAUUAUUGUUCUUUUGACCUUAAGGAACCUACCUCACAGUUUGCUUUGAGAGUGAGAUAUUGGGUGAGAAAUUAUUGUUCAUGCUCAAAAAGGGUUUUUUUGUGGUUUUGAUCAAAGUACUGAAGCAGGAGUUGAGAACAGAUUAAGCAAAGUAGACUACUUGAAAUAUUAGCAAUUAUGACCUAAUCUCUUCAAGCAGAGGGUAGACCUAAUUUGCUAGACAAAGUGCAUGUUGGAGACAGGAGAAAUUUUUGAAUUCCAGUAGGCAGACCAUUAGUCAGGUCUUGUUUGGGAUUUUUUUUUCCCACUCUUAAUAAAUGAGAAGAGAGGACUUUUCUGAAGCACGGCAAUUACCAAAUUUUUCCACAUUUGGAGGGAAAAUGAGUAUUUCCAAAGGGCGAAGGUGGUUUGAGCUGGUAGUCCAGACAAAAGAGAAAGGGAGAAGCUCCUUGAAGGGGAUAUAUGUUCAGUACGAGGUGUUUGCUGACCUCCAGACUUGCUGGCAGUUUAAAUCUAUAUACUGUCUGGGAGGGAGAUGGCUUAGAUAAAAUGUUAUUUAAAGAAAUGCAUAAUGGAAGCCAUAUGGGUAUGGGAAACUCUACGGUGAUAGAUCUGCCACCAUACACCAGCUGCUAUGGAGAGUACUUAGCCUCAGUAUUGUAGGAUGGCCAAGACUACAAGGAAGAAGUUCCUGCUUGCCCUUAGGAAGCUGAUGAAAUGGAAAAUGCAAAACCACAGCAAAACAAAUCUCUUGACAUGGGGAUGUAUAAACAGACUCAGGGCUUACAAGGGAAUGCUCCAGAGAAAGAAAUGGAGUAAUGUAGCUGAGGAACAGUCUCAUGUCAGAGACAGCAGGGCUAUUGCUAAUUCCUGCAAAACUUAAUUCUCUGGGCUAGCAAUGCAUCAAGAGAGUUUGAAGAAACAGAAGGCAGAGAUGUGUGAAGGCGUACUUUUUGGUUUUAUGGGGUUUUUUUGUUUGUUUGGAUGAGUUUAUUUUUGUAUCAUGUUAGUAUGUAAAGGUCAAGGGCAAGUUUGAGUCUUGUUGCAUGGUUAGUACGGGAAGAAGGAUGGCAGAGGGGUAUGUCCAUGUACAUGUUCCUGUUUGGAUUCCUUUAGUUCAUGCUUCUCGUGGGCAUUGUGGAGGAAGUAACACCGGUGUAGAGCAGAGUAACACUCUGUGUAGAGCAGGAGCUCUCCUAAUUUCUCCUUUUGAGUAUUGCUAUCACAAUAAUAAAUAUCCACCUCCUUUUAGUAUGAGAAACCAUUGCCUGUUCCCUUCAAUCCAGCAGAGCCUGGCUGCUGGAUCCAAAGGAUCCCAACUCUUCUGCAGAUGAGGGAGAACCACAGCUGCUUGAACCCAGAGGAUGCUGUGUUUCAAAGAAGGGUGUCCAUUGCAGAAAAUGUUUUGCUAGCAGAGAAGAGAAAAACUUCUUAAGUUGUGAAGCACAUUUUCAGAAGUUGUAAAAGCCAAUACUGCCUUCUUCCUGAGUGAUUGCUUCUAGUUGGAGUUUAUCGGCAAAAUUUGUGACUGUCCUUUGCACCCUGCAAGGUUCGGGUGUAUGGGGAGAGCUCUGGCCGCCUCCUUUCGACUCCUGCCGAGGCAGUGGGAGAGCCCCUGGCUCUUGCUGCCCUUCCCAGUGUCGCUCUUGGGAGCGAGGGGCGCCUCCGCCAGAGGCGGCUUCAGGUCGCUGUCAGCGGCAGCCGAGGCCCCUCGCUUUGUUGUGUGGCUGAGUGACACCGAGCUGGUGACACUCCCCAGGCAUCUGCUCCUGUCCCUAAUACGGCCGGGCCGUCUGUCACCGCCGCGGA